AGACCGUGACGGAUCAGCGGUUUAACAGCUCUAACCAGCAGGUUAACCAGUCUACAGGAGAACCAGACCACUGCAGCUAAGAGUCACGAUGACAGCCGCUCCCUACAACUAUUCCUACAUCUUCAAAUACAUCAUCAUCGGUGAUAUGGGCGUCGGGAAGUCGUGUUUGCUGCAUCAGUUUACAGAGAAAAAGUUCAUGGCUGACUGUCCUCACACCAUCGGUGUAGAGUUUGGGACGAGGAUCAUGGAGGUCAACGGGCAGAAGGUGAAGCUGCAGAUUUGGGACACAGCGGGUCAGGAGCGCUUCAGGGCUGUUACCCGGUCCUACUACAGAGGGGCCGCAGGGGCCCUCAUGGUCUAUGACAUCACCAGGAGGAGCACCUACAACCACCUGAGCAGCUGGCUUACCGACGCCCGGAACCUGACCAACCCAAACACGGUCAUCAUCCUGAUCGGGAACAAGGCGGACCUGGAGGCCCAGAGAGACGUGACGUACGAAGAGGCCAAACAGUUCGCCGAGGAGAACGGUCUGCUGUUCCUAGAAGCCAGCGCUAAAACGGGGGAGAACGUGGAGGAGGCCUUCCUGGAGGCGGCCAAGAAGAUCUACCAGAACAUCCAGGACGGCAGUCUGGACCUGAACGCCGCCGAGUCCGGGGUCCAGCACAAACCGUCGGCGCAGCCGGGCCGGGUCAACACCGACACCCAGCCGCCUAAGGAGGGCUGCAGCUGCUAGCCUCAGAACCGGCAGGCGGACCGGGACCGGCACCACCGCAGUCCACAGCCUGUUCUCCAGUCGGACCGGGACCCCAAUCAAUCACCCAAUCAGACUGUUUACGGUCCGGCCCGGUUCCGUCCCAUCCUCAUCCAGACCAGAACCAGUUCAGCUGGCAGGUCCGGACCCAGUGAGAACAGAGAGCAGCUCUCCAGAACCACAGAGUCCAACGUUCAGCAGAACAUCCGGAUCUGAAAGCCAGAACCGGCUUUAAUGUGGACCUCUACCUAGAACCUCUGAUCCGGGUCACAAACAAGAUCAAGCCCAAAUCCUCCCAACCUGAGUCCUUUUGGACCGGAACCAGCCCCGCAUCUCUCACUCUGGGACCGCCCUGUUGGGUCGAGUCAAUCAGAAUCCCCAUAAAAAUCCAGAACCAAAUAAAAAACCAUAGAACCGUCCAGGACCCGACCCAAAACUAGUUUCUUUCCUCGUAGUUCUGAGGAUUCUGGGAAACAGUCCCUCAGUCAGAACUGUUGGUCCAAAGCGGCAGGUUUUGGACCACUCCAGAACCUGGUCCGUGAACUCUAAACACAGAUUCUAGCAGAACCGGGCCAGGAUAUCACAGCGGGCCAACGGGUUGCAGCUUUCUGUACCUUGGUUUUGGACCUGCCGGUACCGAUGUAGAGCAGGAAGAACCUGAGGGCAGCCGGCGCUGCAGGAAACUGGAAAGGUUCUGCUUUUAUUGGACUUUUACAGAACCAAAAAAAAAA